CUCAUCCGGCUUUUCAACGGUUCGCGCUUCCAGGCUGCCGUACCGGUGACGUAAUUUCCAUCCUACACCGGAAGUGUGAGUUGGCUGGUUGGGGAUAUCGAAAUGUCUGCCAUAUUUAAUUUCCAGAGUCUGUUGACGGUCAUCUUACUGCUCAUCUGCACCUGCACGUAUAUACGAGCUCUCACUCCCAACCUGCUGGAUAAGAACAAAACAGGAUUCCUUGGAAUUUUCUGGAAAUGUGCAAGAAUAGGUGAGCGCAAAAGCCCUUACGUGGCGUGUUGCUGCAUCAUCAUGGCCUUCACGAUUUUAUUUUCGGAGUAGCAGCAGAAGAAUGUAGAUUUGGAGCAGCUACAAGAUUCUACAGCAGGGAACAAGAUGUGUAAUUGGGCGACAUUCAGACUCUCUCGGGCAGAACUGGCUUCUGGUGAUGCAUGUGGAGUGCUCUCCGAAUACAGCUUGAGCAUUUCUCAGCCUUCCAGACCUAUUUUUGUAAAUACAAUUAACUGUUGGUCUCCAUGGUAUUGCUCCAGUUGUCAUUGGACCCAUGCACCCAAAGCU